CUUUGGAAAUUCUUCCCGAGGUGUUGCCACGUCCACAAAUAUUUGACGUGGGCUCCAGCGGAAGAUUGAUUUUUUUGUAUACUUUUGGUAAAACGGACGCCCGGACGACGACGGCCGGUGGACGUCCGGGAUAUUUGCGUAGGCAUUUUAGCGUAGUUAGAUUAAGCUAGCCUCCACCGGGAUAGACUCUGACGUGGUGUCGCAUUUGAAGGUCUUAUGUGCACAGGUGAAGGUGGUUAAAUUCAGCUACAUGUGGACGAUAAAUAACUUCAGCUUCUGUCGCGAGGAGAUGGGGGAGGUGCUCAAGUCGUCUACGUUCUCAGCAGGGGCCAACGACAAGUUGAAAUGGUGCCUGAGAGUGAAUCCUAAGGGUCUGGAUGAGGAGAGCAAAGACUACCUGUCGCUGUAUCUCCUUCUCGUUUCAUGCAACAAAUCCGAAGUCAGAGCAAAGUUCAAAUUUUCUAUUCUUAAUGCCAAAAGAGAAGAAACCAAAGCAAUGGAGAGCCAGCGUGCUUACAGGUUCGUCCAGGGUAAAGAUUGGGGCUUCAAGAAAUUCAUCAGGAGAGACUUCCUUCUGGACGAGGCCAACGGACUGCUACCGGACGACAAACUCACGAUAUUCUGUGAGGUCAGUGUAGUGGCGGACAGUGUAAACAUCUCCGGCCAGAGUAAUACGAUACAGUUUAAAGUACCGGAAUGUCGGCUGCCCGACGAUCUUGGGCUACUGUUUGAGAACCAAAAAUUUAGCGAUGUAACGCUCACUGUCUGUGGAAGAGAAUUCCAGGCGCACAAAGCGAUUCUCGCAGCACGAAGUCCCGUCUUCUCGGCGAUGUUCGAACACGAGAUGGAGGAGAGAAAGCAAAAUCGUGUGGACAUCACCGACGUGGAUCAUGAAGUUCUAAGAGAAAUGUUGCGAUUUAUCUACACCGGUAAAGCGGCGAAUCUGGAGAAAAUGGCGGAUGAUCUAUUAGCUGCGGCGGACAAAUACGCGUUGGAGAGGCUGAAGGUAAUGUGCGAAGAAGCACUUUGCACGAGUUUAGCCAUUGAAAACGCAGCCGAAAUCCUCAUACUUGCCGAUCUCCAUAGCGCCGAUCAACUGAAGGCACAAGCGAUAGACUUCAUUAAUACACACGCGACAGAUGUGAUGGAUACCGUAGGUUUCAAGUCCAUGGUGAACUCUCAUCCGCACCUGAUAGCAGAAGCCUUUCGGGCUUUGGCGACUCAGCAAAUCCCACCGAUCGGACCGCCCAGGAAACGAGUGAAACAAAGCUGAAAGCAGUCACCGCUUACCCCGGGCACAACCUCCACAUCGCCCCCACCACUUUUGCAUCCCUCUUGAACCUUUGUGUACAGUGAUAUAAUGAAGUAUAGUAGUGCUAAAUAAAUGUUUCCUAGUGCGCCAUCCUCUGGUCUAAAA